GAUAGCACCAUCAGUACCAACGACGGCAGCACCAAGUUCAAGAGACAAGGUUCUGUCAGCGUGUGUGUGUGUGUGUGUCUGUAAAUCGAGAUUUUUCUUUUUUACGGAGAAAUUUUUGUUGUUACAAAGGUUCUGGUGGUCAUUCUAGAUAUGUCAAAAUCGGCGGCAGUGUGCGUCAGAGACGUGGUGAAAAGCUACAGAGACAAACGGAUCCUGGACGGUCUCUCCAUGACUGUGGAACGUGGAACCAUUUAUGGACUAUUGGGAGCCUCUGGAUGUGGUAAAACCACCCUCCUAAGUUGCAUAGUGGGCAGGAAAAGUUACCACUCGGGGGAGAUUUGGGUGUUGGGAGGUACCCCGGGCGAAAAAGGCAGUGGAGUGCCGGGGCCUAGGGUGGGAUACAUGCCCCAGGAUAUCGCUUUGGUAGGCGAGUUCACCGUUAAAGACGCCGUCUUUUAUUUCGGGAGAAUCCUCAAUAUGGAGGACAAGCUGAUCCUGGAGAGGUUCAAAAAGUUGAGCGUACUCCUAGAGCUUCCUCCAGAGGACAGGUAUUUAAAGAACUGCAGCGGGGGGCAACAACGUAGAGUAUCCUUUGCCGCAGCAAUGGUGCAUAUGCCCGAGCUCCUAAUCCUGGACGAGCCCACUGUGGGGGUGGAUCCAGUGCUUAGAGACAGAAUCUGGAACUAUUUGGUCGAAAUCGUCCAGACUGAAAAAACCGCGGUGAUAAUCACCACCCAUUACAUCGAGGAGGCCAAACAGGCGGACAAAAUUGGAUUGAUGCGUGGUGGAAAACUGCUCGCCGAAGAAUCUCCUGCCAGGCUCCUCCAAUUAUUCCAAGUGGAAUCGUUGGAGGAGGCCUUUUUGAUCCUGAGCCGUAAUCAAGAGGAGGGCAGGAUUAAUAGCGCUCUAGAGGGUGCCAAUCGUUCCAACGGAACCACGUUGGAAUCGGCUUCUUCUACUACUUCUGUAGCGAAUUCGGAUGUGGUGACGUAUGGCUCCAAGGACGAACUCACCAAGGAAAAGAAAAAAACCAAAAUAAAAAAGGACAAGACCAGCAUAGAGCCCCACCGGAUACGAGCCUUAUUGGACAAAAACUGGAAACAGUUUUAUCGAAACAUCACCGGUAUAGUUUUCCUGAUAACAUUCCCACUGCUCCAAACUCUCUGCUUCCUAAACGGGGUGGGGGGUGACGUCAAGGGUCUAAAACUCGGAAUCGUCAAUGACGAAACGAUGACGACCCGCUGUCCCGACUUUAACGUGAACGGCACCACCCAAAUCCACGACUUCAGUGAUUGUUACUUUAGUAACAUGAGCUGUCGAUUCUUGGAGUAUCUGGAACAUCCGAUGAUCCAUAAGGUGAAGUUCGAUGGUUUAGAUGAAGCUACUCAGGCCAUCAAGCACGGAGAGAUACUGGGGGUGUUGUAUAUGGCCAAGAACUUCACGAAAUCAUACGAAAACAGGGUGGAAAAGGGCAAAGACGCAGAGAACUACAUGGCGAACUUCGGCGAGAUCAAGGCCUAUUUGGACAUGUCCAAUCGGCAAACCGGUGCUACCUUAAAGUACAAACUGUACGAACUGUUUUACGAUUUUCAAGAGGCGGUUUUUAGGGAGUGCGGUUGGCCCGAACGUUUGGGUAAUUUACCUUUGAGGCAAAACUUCAUUUACGGCAACGAGGACGAAUCUUAUACGGUGUACAUGAUACCCGGCACCCUAGUGACGAUGUUAUUCUUUAUGGGUUCGAUGAUGACGUCACAAAUUAUCAUCACCGACAGAAAGGAGGGGGUGUGGGACCGUUCGAUUGUCGCGGGAGUGACGUCACUGGAGAUCACCCUCACGCAUUUUAUUUUGCAAGCGUUAAUUAUGGUGGUGCAGUCCGCUGAGGUGCUCGUCAUGGUGUUCUGGUGUUACCAGUACAGUUUCGUCGGGAAUUUCGGGGUUAUCACGUUCUUGACUUAUUUGAGUGGGAUUUGCGGGAUGGCUUAUGGCUUUUGGGUGUCUGUGAUAUGCGAGGAUCAUUCUCAAGCGAACAUUUCGGUUUCCGGUGGGUUCUUACCUAUGAUGCUUCUUUGCGGGUUGAUUUGGCCUACAGAGGCGAUGCCCUUAGGCCUACGGAUAUUCGCCAAAUGUCUUCCCUUCACUUUGGCCAUCGAGUCUUUAAGGAACGUCAUUAAAAAAGGAUGGCCAGUGUGGGAUCCACAGGUUUUACAUGGGAUGGGCGUACUUGUGAUCUGGAUCUUUAUGUUGGGACUCAUCAGCGUCUGGCUAAUGAAACUUAAACGAUAGAAUAAAUAGUUUUUUAAUUUUUAUUUAAAUAUAUUUUAAUAUUUUCACA